CUCCAUGCCCCAGCACUUUCAUGUGUGGUGCUUUGAAAAAGGACUACCACUCUAGAACCACAUCAUCUCUGAGUGACCAGUCAGAAAGCUCUCCAGUAAUGGCUGGCCAGCAGAGGCUUCUCUCGUUCUGGGCUUUGAUGUUGCUUGUGGCAGCUUUGUGCCCAGGAGCGCAGUAUGCGUACAGUAAACGAGGAGGGAUCUUCCGUGGAAAAAGUGGAAAAAGUGACGGUGACAAAUCAUCAUCCCCCUCCCAGGGUCGAGGCCUCCCCAAGCAGGGCAUGAAGUGGGCAGGAGCAGCAGCUGCAGGGAUGUUGGGUGGCACAGGCACCGGGUUUGGGCUUAAGAUCCUUGGGAGGCCAAAACAUGGGAGCCAUCACGGUCAUAAGACCGGCUCUUCUGGGCAACAUCAACAGCCACAUUACCAGGAAACCCAAAAAUACAACAACCAGUCUUUCUGGAGAUCCUUUGUUAGAGGGGCUGCUCCUGCUCCCAUGACUAGCAUCUUUGUCACGCUUGGACAUGUGGUGCCUUUUCUCACAACAGCCUGGAUAAGAGACAUUUAAUCUGAUGUCUAAUGAAUGAGAAAGCAAUCUAAUAACAAUUUGAUCUUUAAUAAAGCCUUGAACAAAAUAUCCUUUCUGAUGUUU